CUUCAAUAAAAUAUGAGGAUCGAAAAGUGUCGAUUUUACGCUAGCUGCUGACUGUGAGUCCCAUGAAGAUCAGUUCAAAUGAAAACACGAAUGUGUGUGCACGGUAUUUUGCGGUAGGACAUUUCGUUGACUGUAAUGACAUUUCUAAUCAAGUUGCCCAGACUUUUUCUGCACCACGAACGAGACAUAACGUUUGGAGCCAACGCGUUUCUCUUGAUCCCCUUUCUCGUUACGACGGGGUCCUACAGUUUGGCCCACCGCUCAAUUCUCUGCGAUUUCAAGACUUCUGGGUUACGCGAAGAGUACGGGCAAUUUGCUUCGGUCGCUACGUCCAUUUUUCCACUCUCCAUGAGCUCCAACGGACACACAGCGAUGGUGAACUUUCCAAUUGUCAAGACCGCGGCACGGCAAGACACGUCUUCGACAGCUACCAGUACCUGUGCAACUACCGCCGACAGCAACUUGAGUAGUGGCGAUGUUUCGUGCUUGACCGACGCCGAACUCGCUAUUGAAGCGGAGCGCCUGUUUCGCGACGAUCAGCUGUUGGCCGGUGCCCGUCUGUUGCGUCGCGUGCAGGAUGCCAAUCUCAUCACGGACGAGCUUCGCCAUUUUCUCGAACUGGCCACCAUCAGUGAAAGGAUUCGCAAAGAUCUGACCGAGCCCACAUCGGAAGGCUGGACCAAGCAAGGGGAAUCGCACGGCAACCGCGACUUUACCACGUACUACAAAAUCGAAGACGGUGGCAAGCUGAAGUGUCGUAUUGAGUCGGUCAUUGAAUCAUCUCUGUACGUUCCUUUCCUGGCGGUCAUGAACGAAACGGAGUUGUACGAUACCUGGGUGCCAAAGUGGAGAUUUCCUUUCAAGCUUGGCAUCAGUCGUUCGAAAAAGCUGGCUCAGAGAGCUCGGCUCGACCAAGUGGUGCAGCUCACUGUCGACCUACCGUGGCCCAUGAACAAGCGUGAGAUUGUUUUUUGGGGGUUCGCCGAAGAAGAUGGGAUGGCGAAUCGUAACGUAGGAGCCAAGCUGCAGUCCGUAGGCGAGGGGUUUGACAAUGGUCUGGUACCGUCCGUAGAUCGCGGCGUAGUCCGUAUGGAUUUCGAAGCCGACUUUCUGUUCCGACCAUGUCCGGAAGAUCACUCUGCUCUGGAUAAAACCGAAGGAAAGUACCCCGAGGGAGAAAGUAAGAUCCUCUUGACGUUUGUCAUGUACUGUGACCCCAAAGUCAGCUUUGUGCCGCAUUCCUUUAUGAACUUCUGCACUCGUACAGCCGUCGGGACUGUUUGGCGAAUGAUCUUGCACGUAGCCGAACAAGUCCGCGCAGGGGAGCGCCCGGUCCACGCCGAAGUGAUUGCCCACAAACGAGACUUUUACGAUUGGGUAGAGGAACGAUCAGCUUACAUUACUGGUGACUAUGGCCCCCCACCCAAAGUCCACUCUUAA